AUGAGCACAGGAGUCAAGAUGUGGGGCGUAACGCCGCCCAUCUCGAUGAAUGGGCCUACGGAAAAGGACUUGGAAGUCACAAACGCGCUAGAGGCGGAGCUUCGUGCCAACAAUGUGUUCGAGUCACCCGAAGAGGCCAAGCUGCGAGAAGUUGUUCUUGGACGAGUCGACGCUUUGGUGAAAGAGUUUGUGUACCGAGCAUCGAUCAAGCACGGGCUUUCAGAAAGUGCGGCACGCGCAUCUGGUGGUAAAAUCUUCACGUUUGGUUCGUAUCGACUGGGUGUGCAUGGUCCAGGCUCGGAUAUCGACACACUAUGUGUCGCGCCAAAACAUGUGCAGCGCGAAGAUUUCUUUGAGAUUUUUGAAGCUCUUUUACAAGCACGCGAUGACGUGACGGAGGUGACAUCUGUUCCAGAGGCGUACGUACCGCUGAUCAAAACCAAGUUUAUGGGCAUUUCUAUCGACUUCUUGUUUUCUCGCAUUGCUCUACCGCGCAUUGACGACUCACUCGAGCUGCGUGAUGACAACUUGUUGAAGAAUCUGGACGAGCGCGACGUUCGCAGUCUGGGUGGCUCACGUGUGACCGAUGAGAUCUUGCACUUGGUACCGAAUGUGUAUGUAUUCCGACUCGCACUACGAUGUAUCAAGCUAUGGGCCAGUCGUCGAGCGAUCUACUCAAACGUACUUGGAUUCCUCGGUGGUGUCGCUUGGGCUAUGCUUGUGGCGCGGAUAUGCCAGCUGUACCCGAACGAAGUGGCCGGAGCCAUCGUGAGUCGCUUCUUCAUCAUUCUGUUGCAGUGGAAAUGGCCACAGCCAGUGCUUCUAAAACAGAUUGAAGAUGGUCCAUUGCCGAUUCGCGUGUGGAAUCCAAGGCUAUAUCCGACCGACCGUUUGCAUCGUAUGCCCAUCAUCACGCCUGCAUAUCCCUCGAUGUGUGCCACACACAACGUGACGCAGUCAACCCAAAUGGUUAUGACCGAAGAGUUCCGGCGCGGAAGCGAGGUUGUGGAUCGUAUCUUCCGUGGAAAGACAUCUUGGAAUGAACUGUUCGAGAAGAACGAUUUCUUCCACAAGUACAAGUAUUACCUCCAAGUGAUUGCAUCGUCAGGAUCAGCAGACCUACAGCUCAAAUGGCAAGGCACGGUCGAGUCGCGACUUCGGCAGUUGAUCAUGAAGCUCGAACUUGUGCCGGCACUGCUUUGUGCACACCCAUUUGUGAAGGGAUUCAACCAUGAGUGUGUGUGUUACACAGAUGAAGAAGUCCGUCAGGUGGCUACCGGUGACGUACCUGCCGAUGUUGCCUCUCGCGCCAAAAUGCAGGAUCUCCCAGAAGGUGAAGCUGCAAAAGAGAAGGAUGAAUCUGUUCAAGUUCAUGAUGCCACUGAAAACGGUCGUCGCACCGUGUAUACGACAACCUUCUAUAUUGGCCUUAAAGUCGAGCCCAGGCAGCCACAUGAUCCCUCUGUCCGCCGCUUCGAUAUUUCAUACCCAACACUUGACUUUACACAGCGCGUCAAGCAAUGGGAUCAGUACGAUGAAUCUGCCAUGGGCAUUGUCGUGCGCUACGUUAAAGGAGUCGAAUAA